AUGGAGAUUUCAACUCUUCUGAGAGUGCAAAUUGAUGUAUACAUGGAGUUUGCAUGCUUCAGCUCAAAAUUUUGCCAUCUAGACAAGUCAAAUGGCGUUUCCUUUGGGCAAGCUUGCACUGAAAUAAAUGCUAUGGUGAUCUACGCGCCAGUUUCUCAAUACAAAGCCCUACUUUUAAGGAGUCACAAGGAGAUGGUGAAGAGAUUCAAAGUGUGGGUGUACGAGGAAGGAGAACAACCAUUAGUUCAUUAUGGGCCACUAAAUGAUAUAUACGCCAUUGAGGGUCAAUUCAUUGAUGAAUUGGAUAAUAGCAAGAGGAGUCCCUUCAAGGCCAGGAACCCUGAUGUGGCACACGCCUUUUUCCUACCCUUUAGCGUGGUUAAUGUGGUUCAUUAUGUUUAUAAACCUUUCAUGUCCCAAAAUGAUUAUCGUCGUGACCGCUUGCAACGAUUGGUGGUGGAUUAUAUUAGCACUGUGGCAGAAAAGUAUCCUUACUGGAAUAGAAGUAAUGGUGCAGAUCAUUUUCUCCUCUCCUGUCACGAUUGGGCACCAGAAAUAUCACAUGCGAAUCCUAAGCUCUUCAAGAACUUCAUCAGAGCUUUAUGCAAUGCCAACACUUCAGAAGGAUUCCAGCCCAAGAGGGACGUGUCUAUCCCUGAAGUGUACUUGCCUGUUGGAAAGCUAGGACCACCAAAUUUGGGCCAGCACCCCAUGAACCGCACCAUAUUAGCAUUUUUUGCAGGUGGAGCCCAUGGUGAUAUUAGGAAGUUGCUUCUGAGGCAUUGGAAGGACAAAGAUAGUCAAGUUCAAGUUCAUGAGUACCUUCGGAGUGGUCAAAACUAUACUGAGUUAAUGGGACUAAGCAAGUUCUGCUUGUGCCCCAGCGGGUAUGAAGUGGCUAGUCCUAGAGUUGUAGAAGCUAUUAAUGCAGGGUGUGUUCCUGUGAUCAUUUCUGAGAACUAUACUUUGCCCUUCAGUUAUGUGCUUAAUGGGAAUCAACUUUCCAUACAAAUCCCAGUGGAGAAUAUACCAGAGAUCAAGACUAUAUUACAAAACGUAUAA